CCUCCUCCCCGGGGCGGGCGCAACGCGAAGGGGCCGCAGCAGUGCGGCCAUCCCCGCUGGCAGUGGCGCUCGGCGGGAGCGGUGGCUGAGUCAGCCUUGCGGCGGCAUGGAGCCUUUCGCGCCGCCCACGGAGGAGGAUGAGGACGACUGGCUUCGCCCGCAGCCGGGCGGCGAGGCCGCUGCGCCCGCCCCGUCAGGCCACAGCAAGUCCGUAUCAGCAAGAAGCACAGCACGCAGAGUGAUUGUGCACAUUGACUUGGACUGCUUUUAUGCACAAGUAGAAAUUAUCCGUAAUCCUGAAUUAAGAGACAAGCCUUUAGGUGUGCAACAGAAAUACAUCGUAGUUACCUGUAACUAUGCAGCCAGAAAACUUGGAGUUAAGAAACUGAUGUCUGUCAAGGAUGCUAAGGAGAAGUGUCCUCAGCUGAUCCUGGUUAAUGGGGAAGAUCUAACUCCAUACAGGGAAAUGUCGUACAAGGUUACAGAGCUGUUGGGGGAAUUUUGUCCGCUGGUGGAAAGGCUUGGGUUUGAUGAAAAUUUUGUGGAUAUCACAGAGAUUGUGAAGGAAAGAGUAAACCAGUUACAGCAAAGCAGAUGUUCCAGAGUCUGUGUGUCUGGCCAUGUAUACAACAACCAAGCUAUCAAUUUGCAUGAUACAACGCACUUAGGACUAGUUGUUGGAUCUCAGAUUGCAGGAGAGUUCAGGGAAGCCAUAUAUGCGAGACUGGGCCUCACAGGCUGUGCAGGGGUGGCCUCUAACAAAUUACUGUCAAAACUAGUAUCUGGGACCUUUAAACCAAAUCAGCAAACUGUUCUUCUGCCUGAAAGCUGUCAAGAUCUACUAUGCAGCCUUGAUUGCAUCCAAAAAGUGCCUGGCCUAUUCUGUUACCAGGCCUGGAUUGUGCAGAUCUUCAGAGAUUCUAAGGCCAUGCUUCUGCAGCCAUUCUUCUACACGUUUUAUUUAGGCAUUGGCUACAAAACUACCAAACGUCUUGAAACCCUUGGUGUUAAGAACGUGUGUGAUCUUCAAGCAUUUCCAUCCGCCAUGUUAGAGAAAGAACUGGGUGUUUCUAUUGCUCAGCGUAUCCAAAAACUCAGUUACGGAGAAGAUGACUCCCCUGUGACUCCAUCAGGCCCUCCUCAGUCCUUUAGUGAUGAAGAUUCUUUUAAAAAAUGUUCAUCAGAAGUGGAAAUUAAAGAGAAAAUUGAAGAACUGCUUCCUAACCUAUUAGACAGAAUAUACAAAGAUGGAAGACAACCACACACAGUAAGAUUGACCAUCCGUCAGUUCUCCUCAACUGAUAAAUGGUUUAACCGGGAAAGUCGUCAGUGUCCUAUUCCACCUCAUCUCGUUCAGAAAUUUGGAAAAGAAAGCAGCAACAUUUUAUCCCCAUUGGUUGAUAUACUAAUGAAACUCUUUCGAAAGAUGGUAGAUGUAGAUCUACCAUUUCAUCUUACCCUUCUCAGUGUCUGCUUCUCCAACCUCAAAAAUCUUCCUAGCAGCAAGAAAGGAUCAAUUGGUUUCUAUCUAAAGCAGAUGUCACCAGCAUCAGGCUCUCAUAAACGUGUCUGGGAAACGGAAGAUGUCUCACAAGGUGAGGGAAGUGUUUCUUGGAACCAGAACUGCAACAGAACUGGAACUGCAAAAACUAGGAAACUUUCAGAGGAAAAGAAAAGCGGUAUUAAAAAAGUAGGAGUUCCUGACAUCCCCUUUUUUUUGCCGCCUUCUGACAUUGACCAGGAAGUCUUCAAGGAACUUCCAAAAGAUAUUCAAAAAGAAAUUAUUUCUGAAAAAACAGAAGCAACACCUACUGAGAAUGUUUUGGGUGAGCCAUCAGUAUGUUUUGCAGAAGAGGUACACAGCACUUCCCCACAUUCUAAGGGACUGAACAGUGACACAUGCUCUGCAGGGUGCAGUAUACCUCUCACGUCAGCCCAUGAAUCUUCAGCUGUGCUUGCACACAGGUCUGGGGCCAGCUGUCCUUCUGAGCAUCCCAGAAGUGCACAGACAAGCAGUGGUACAGAAAAACAACCUACUGACUCUAUGACCAUCAGAGAGAGAGAACCAUCAUCUCUGGAAGCUGGAGCCGGCCAAACUGUACUGCAUGUCCCUGUCUUGGAUGAAGAUAAGCAGGCCUUUGAAACAACUUCUGAGGGUAAAACGUCUAGUAGGCCAGCAGGAACUGUAUUUCCUCCCAAUGUUGACACAAAGACUUUUUAUGAACUACCUGCAGAUGUGCAAAAUGAACUACUAGCUGAAUGGAAGAGUCAGGAACAUGUGUCCAAAACUUCUAGGGAUAAACCCCCUGAAAAGCCUAAAACAAAUAAAGGAAGAAGGAAUACAGCAUCAUGUUUAUCACAGUCUAACAGUUUACUAAGAUAUUUUAAGCCACAGUGAUAGAAGUAUCAUCAAGACUUCCAGAAGUAUUCAUACCACCUUGUAAAACUGGUAUCGUUUUUAAUAAUACUGAAAGAAUCAGCACUUGUAGGCACUUUAUUUAUGGAAAGUUUACUAUACAUUGUGAAGAUGUGAAUAUUAAAAAUACGUUUUUGGCAACUUUUGACAUAAAACCUGCUGGUGACUCUGUUAGGUAGCAAUUAGUCUGUCUUAUUUUUCUUUGCUAUAAAUUGACAUUUAUCUGAGGAAUCUUCAGUUGUUGACCUAAAACUAGUAUAGUAUGUAAACAUAUUUAGUAUUUGCUAUUAAUACCUUAAUCCGGUGACUGGGGGGAAAGGAAUUUUUACUUUAAUUUCACUGAGUUACAUACUACAUAUGCAGUUAAUUGUUUCUAACAACGUGGGAGGGGAUUGAGCAGAGAAGAUGAAAGCAAUUUUUACAGUAUUCUUUAAUGUGCCCCACUGUUCCUAUGAUCUGUAAUGGAAAUUGCUAUUUGCGUGGCCAUCGCCAUUUCCUGCAGUUAACUCACAACUAGAAGUACUAGAAAUACUCAGGGGUAACAGGGAACAUUACUUGCAGAUGAAUCGUAUUACCAGCUUGUUCCUGGAAGUUAGUCAGCAUGUAAAAAGUGUUUAAGUUUGGUGCUCAGGAUUCAGAAGACUACAAACUCUAUGUAUAAAAAGCAGCUUUUAAUGAGAUGCCAGAUACAAAUUAAUCAGGCUUUUCUUUAAAUAUUUCAUUCCAAAACAAGUGAAAUAGUUGCUAAUUACACUUGUACACUUACAGUUAAUAAACGUGUUUAAAGUCUCUAGUACACAAGAUGUUUCCUUGUUUCAGUCAAGAGUACAUAAUUGAGGUAAGAAUUUAUCAGUGUGUUUAAAGCUAUGGCAAAAUAUUUGACUAUGGUAUUUACACAUUGCUGUAAUUUGUAUCACCAGA